AUGGAGAAGCAGGAUCACCUUGCUGAGAUCAAGCCUUACGUCCAGACUCUGACCACUUCCGACAUUGACAGCGCUGUCAAGUUGGAGGACGCCACGUUCCCACCCGAAGAGCGUGCAACCAGAGAAAAGUUCGAGUAUCGCUUCACGAAAUGUGGUGGCCUCUGUCUCGGUCUCUUCACUUCUGUCGACAUGAACAACCCUUCUUCUCCUCUUGCAUCGGUUGAGACGGCAUCCAGUGCUCACCAUCUAUACUCCGGAGCUCCGGCGCGCAAGUCUGUACUCCUUGCUCACUGUGUCGUGACCAAGACCACCAACCCUACUGUCAUGGACGAGGACAUGGAAGUUCCGAAAGACUGGAAAACUUCCGGUACCUCGUCAAGCAGCGUUGGCCACAGAGAAGAAGGCCGCACCAUUGCUGUACACAGCCUGGCCGUCUUGCCAUCCCUGCAAGGCCAAGGUCUUGGUUCGACUCUGCUCAAAGCCUUCUAUCAGCGUAUGGGCUAUGUCCAGGCCGCUGACAGGAUUGCUUUGCUUGCACACGGUGAGCUUGUCAAGUUCUACGAGAAGCUCGGAUUUGAGAACAAGGGUCCCAGUAAGGCCACUUUCGGUGGCGGGAACUGGGUCGACAUGGCAAGUUGACCUUCUGAAACUUCCCUUCCGGUCGCUAACCAGUUUUACCAGGUGCUUGAGUUGAAGGACAACCAAAAAUGAUGAUACCAUAGCUGCACAACAACGGAUUACCAGUGUCGUUAUGGAUAUUCACAUGAGGAUUGAGGC